AUGCCAACCCGCCUCGUUACGCGCCGUACCCAGUUUUCCAGCUGCGACGAGUGCCGCCGAUCACGUGUAGCGUGUGAUGCUCAAAGCAACGCCAACAAUGCAGAGGGAGGAUCUUCUCCACAGUGUACACGAUGUCGGAACCGAGAUAAAGCCUGUACCUUUCAGUGGCUUCAAAAUGCCAAAGCGAAUGGCUCGGCAGGCGCAAAGCGGCAAUCUCGCAGGAGGACCGUAUCACGACCGACAAGUGAUACAUCGUCAACGCGUGAGGGCGGGAACACGGAUGCUCCUGAAAGCCUAGAUCCUUGCCAAGCUCGUUCUACAACAGCGGAUGACGUUCCAGAGUCGGUGCCGCAGCCAUGGCACACAGUCACUAGGAGCUCGAUUGACGGUGUCGCGAUGAAUGAUACGGAUGCAAAAUGGCUCGAAACAAUAUACAGGGAAGGUUUUGAGGCAGUCUUUGGCUCGUGGAUGGGCAAAUACAGUUGUCCCUUCUUAUUUGGUGAUACUCGAGCCGAAAAAUAUGUCAGCAUAUCCGAUCUCUGUCGUCACCUAGACGGGUGUAUAGUGGAUCCUGGAAACAGUCAACUCGUUCGCAGAUGUGAACAAGCCGAACAGAGUCUCCAAAGCACUAUCUCUGCCUUCGCCGCGCGCUGGCUCCCUGUGACCUCUCUGGAGACUGAUGAAGACCACUGUAAUCUUGUACAGAGCCUUUGGAGAUAUGCAAGAAGAGACAUGUUACGCGUCAUCAAUAGGCCAUGCUACCGAUCGAUGCUUUCACUUUUUCUUUUCGCUUUAACACCAAUACCUGAAGGGAUUUCAGAGGACGAAGAGGCAGAUGGCAUAUCUGGCCAGGCGUGUGUUCAUGCAGCGUUGCAGCAAGUUCAGACUCUACGAGCUCGCCAGAAGAAUCUUCAAUUUAGCGGCUCUAAAGUCUCUCCUCCUCUAAGAUCAGAUACCAUCGUCACAACACCUGAAUCGAUCGAGUCCUCUGGCUUCAUCAAUGCCGAAAGUACUGUAUACUGGGCAGCCCUGACCUUCGAUACCUCGGCUUCUUUGACUCUCAACUGCCGCCCCCUGCUAUCAUCCGGCUUGUUCGGUUUCGAGUCUGAACUCCCUUGGCGUUUGGUCAGGACCUGUGCAAAGAUGUUUGACGAAAACGCUCCACAGUGGAAGCAAGCAAGCUCCAGUAUGACCGAUGAAAAGGCAAAUCAAAUCAUCGCCGCUGGUGCCUGCUGGAAGCUUCUCGGCUGGAAGCUUACCGCGGUAUUCAAAGAAGCGCUGCGUGAUGGCCAUGAAGAGCCCGAAGUACGGAAAGCCUAUUUCGCUGUGGUAGAUUCCAUCAAGCAAUUUGGUAUCAUCUUUCGCCCACCUUUGGACGAAUGCCACAAGAGGAUGCCUUUUCUUGGCCAGCAAACCAAGCUGCGAUGGUUUUCUCUCAUGCUUCACUACCACCUCAGCAUACUGAUGCUAGUCGAUAUGAUAGAGGCUACAGAUCGCCAAGACCUGCUCCCAGACAUCACAGAUAUAAGCAUUGACGCCGAAAACACAAUCAUGAACACACUAGCCUUUGGACUGCACAACACCUUCACACUGAAGCGGCCCCGCGAUGAUUCGCAUGUUGGAAGCAAGACAGUAUUUACAAUACCCAUCGUUUCCAUUGAUCCAUAUCCGCAUCACGCAGUUGUAGGCAUACAGCUAUUACGGAAGGCUAUUGAUCGCGAUUUUGCGUUAACCGUCACUCUGCUCGGAGCUGGCACUCAAGGGAGACGCCUUGCUUUCAUGUGGUCGAGUACCGGCAAUGAUGUACAUCUAGUCGACAGCCAGGAGGCUCAGCUUCAUGCGAGCAUUGAAGCCAUUGACGAGUUCCGAUCAAACUCAUCCAACACGAACACGUCUUGGGGAACCAUUAUCACCCACUCACUUGAUACUCUACAGGAAGCUCUAGAGGCUUCGUGGUUGGUCGUAGAGUGUGUCCCUGAGCGCCUCGAGCUCAAGCAGCAGGUCAUUUCGCAACUGGAUUCCCUUGCGCCGAAAGACACAAUCAUUGCCUCGAAUUCCAGUAGCUAUUCUUGUUCGGAGAUCUUGAAAGGUCUUGAGUUGAAAAAUGAGAGCCGGUUUCUGAGUGCUCACUCUUAUUGGCCACCUGAAGUACCUCAAAUCGAGAUCAUGGGACAUGAUACCACCGAUCCUUCACAUGUCAGCUUGAUGAUGGAACAGUGCAAAGCUCACGGGUUUCCUCCCUUCCACGUCAAGAAGCCCUCUAUGGGAUACAUCUAUAACAGGAUAUGGGCUGCCAUAAAGCGAGAAGCGCUUCUCACCGCUGCAGAAGGUGUUGCAACGCCAGAGGAAAUUGACGGUAUCUUCAAGGGAGUUUUGAAAACACCCAAAGGUCCCUUUGAGCAGAUGGACUUGGUCGGCUUGGACGUCGUAAUGGAUAUCGAGCAGCAUUACGCUGAUGCGAGAGGCAACAUUCCAACCGCACCCCGCGAAUAUCUGCAGAAAUUCUUGGAUGAAGGAAACUUGGGUAUCAAAAGCGGACAGGGUUUCUACGACUACAGCAAGCAGUAA